UUAACGCUGAGUUUUUCUUUUAGCCAAGCAGUAGCUGGUGUUAGGCACCAUCUUGUAGCCCUGGAAGCCGCUGCUACCGCCACCCGCUGCACCAACGUCCGUCAGCCUGACAGAGUUAGAUAUGAAUCCCGUGCACCCAGAAAACGAGGGAAUGGCCACCAAGGAGAAGCUGCAGUGUCUGAAAGACUUCCACAAAGACAUCUUGAAGCCUUCUCCAGGGAAGAGCCCAGGUACACGGCCUGAGGAUGAGGCCGAGGGGAAGCCCCCUCAGAGGGAGAAGUGGUCCAGCAAGAUUGACUUUGUGCUGUCAGUGGCCGGAGGCUUCGUGGGUUUGGGCAACGUCUGGCGUUUCCCGUACCUCUGCUACAAAAAUGGUGGAGGUGCUUUCCUCAUACCGUAUUUUAUUUUCCUGUUUGGGAGCGGCCUGCCUGUGUUCUUCCUGGAGGUCAUCAUAGGCCAGUACACCUCAGAAGGGGGCAUCACCUGCUGGGAAAAGAUCUGCCCCUUGUUCUCUGGCAUUGGCUACGCAUCCAUCGUCAUCGUGUCCCUCCUGAAUGUGUACUACAUUGUCAUCCUGGCCUGGGCCACAUACUACCUAUUCCAUUCCUUCCAGAAGGAGCUUCCCUGGGCCCACUGCAACCACAGCUGGAACACACCACAUUGCAUGGAGGACACCCUGCGUAGGAAUGAGAGUCUCUGGGUUUCCCUUAGCACCACCAACUUCACCUCGCCUGUCAUCGAGUUCUGGGAGCGCAAUGUGCUCAGCCUGUCCUCCGGAAUCGACCACCCAGGUGCUCUGAAAUGGGACCUUGCGCUCUGCCUCCUCUUAGUCUGGCUCGUCUGUUUUUUCUGCAUCUGGAAGGGUGUUCGAUCCACAGGCAAGGUUGUCUACUUUACCGCCACUUUCCCAUUUGCCAUGCUUCUGGUGCUGCUGGUUCGUGGACUGACCCUGCCAGGUGCUGGCGAAGGCAUCAAGUUCUACCUGUACCCUGACAUCAGCCGCCUGGAGGACCCACAGGUUUGGAUCGACGCAGGAACCCAGAUAUUCUUUUCCUAUGCCAUCUGCCUGGGGGCCAUGACCUCACUGGGAAGCUACAACAAGUACAAGUAUAACUCGUACAGGGACUGUAUGCUGCUGGGAUGCCUGAACAGUGGUACCAGUUUUGUGUCUGGCUUCGCAAUUUUUUCCAUCCUGGGCUUCAUGGCACAAGAGCAAGGGGUGGACAUUGCUGAUGUGGCUGAGUCAGGUCCUGGCUUGGCCUUCAUUGCCUACCCAAAAGCUGUGACUAUGAUGCCGCUGCCCACCUUUUGGUCCAUUCUGUUUUUUAUUAUGCUCCUCUUGCUUGGACUGGACAGCCAGUUUGUUGAAGUCGAAGGACAGAUCACAUCCUUGGUUGAUCUUUACCCGUCCUUCCUAAGGAAGGGUUAUCGUCGGGAAAUCUUCAUCGCCAUCCUGUGUAGCAUCAGCUACCUGCUGGGGCUGACGAUGGUGACGGAGGGUGGCAUGUAUGUGUUUCAACUCUUUGACUACUAUGCAGCUAGUGGUGUAUGCCUUUUGUGGGUUGCAUUCUUUGAAUGUUUUGUUAUUGCCUGGAUAUAUGGCGGUGAUAACUUAUAUGACGGUAUUGAGGACAUGAUUGGCUAUCGGCCUGGGCCCUGGAUGAAGUACAGCUGGGCUGUCAUCACUCCAGCUCUCUGUAUUGGAUGUUUCAUCUUCUCUCUUGUCAAGUAUGUACCCCUGACCUACAACAAAGUCUACGUGUACCCUGACUGGGCAAUUGGGCUGGGCUGGGGCCUGGCCCUUAUCUCCAUGAUAUGUAUCCCCUUGGUCAUUGUCAUCCUCCUCUGCCGGACGGAGGGACCGCUCCGAGUGAGAAUCAAAUACCUGUUAACCCCCAGGGAGCCCAACCGCUGGGCUGUGGAGCGUGAGGGGGCCACACCCUUCCACUCCCGCUCAACCCUCGUCAUGAACGGUGCGCUCAUGAAACCCAGUCACGUCAUCGUGGAGACCAUGAUGUGAGGUCCUGGCCAUGCGACAGGCGCCACUUUCCUGCUGUUUACUAACAUUAGAUUCUCAUAGGACCAGGUUUACAGAGCUUUAUAUUUGUACUAGGAUUUUUUUUUUUAAUUGUCACAGAAAAUGUUACUCUAUGUGUAUGUGUGUGUGUGUAUCAUGUGUGUGUCUGUAUAUGUGUAUUUUGUUUUGAUUUGGGGGAGUAUUUUGUACAAAAAGAACCCACAGGCCUACGUCCUAGGGAGAGGAUGGACUUUCUUAUCGAUUUUGAUGUAUUUUAUGGGAACUUGGUAAACUCUUCUUUGUAUUUUUUUUUUUAACAUAUAACUAUAUAUACUUACAGUCUGUCAUACACUUUACCGCUUGAAUCGGUCUUGCCAGCAAUGGAUCUCGUUUUCAAAAGCAAUUCCAAGGUGCUUCUAUAGCUGGCAGAAAGUUCUGCCCAAAAACAAACAAAAAGAAAGAGAUUUAAAAAAAAAAAAAACUAAAUUCUGGGUGGAAUUUUCCUAUGAUGGUGGAUAUAUCUUCAAGGAAGGUCUAGUCCCUUCUGGGCUGGUUCAGGAGGAAGAGCAGAGCUGAGGAGAGCCCCCUCCCCCCAUUAGCUGAACAGGCCUGAACAGGGCUAUGGGAAGAACCCUCUCUCUUUCUCAGCCAACAAGAAAGAUGCCAAAAUAAUAAUCCCACCCUCCUCAUGAAGGAUUGAUGCUAAGAGCUAAGAAAAGUCGAGGCCAAGACCCCUCCCAUUUAUUUUGAAGUAGAGGGUGGAGUCAGGUCUUAGAGGCAGGAAUGGGAAGUCUAAAGGGCUGGUAGGAAUGCGGUUGGGGGCUGGGAGCCUCAGCUGGCUUAGGCAGAAGCCUCAGCCUUUCUUGAGCAUUUAAUACAGUCACCUGAGUGAGGCCAGUCCACAGGAGCUGCCAGGACCCUGGGGUCAGGGUUACACACAAGAAGGGGCUGUUGUAUUUGAACAGUCAUGGCAGGUGGGGAUCAGGGCAUUCCCUAAGCAGAAUGCAAUUUGGUGAGGGCCAGGAAGGAGGGAAGGAAGCCAGUGGACCAAAGGAUAUUAGCAGCUCAGGAGGUUGAGUGUACCCCAGACUGGCAAGUGUACCCCAGGAGGGCACUUUCCUUCCUUGGCAAACUCUUGUUAAAGAUGACUUCCAAGAGUCAUCCAGCUCCCUGCACAAAAUGUUCAGAGUGGCUAUAGAUACUGGAUCUUAAAGGAUUAAACUCAAGUGCAGAGUCAACUUGGUAGUGACCUUAGAUACUGUUUCCAAGCCACUGCAGUGGCUGCUGGAUAGGUGUUUGCCUCCCCUCCCCCAGGGAACUAAAGAGAGAAGACAAAGGGAAAUGUGUAGGUUGAGGUUAUCUCCACAGAGACCAAUGCCCCAGAACUGGCUGACCUCAGGCAGGGCUGUUUCCUUCUGAACCAGUAGAGGGCGCUACAUCUUUACCCCCAGCUUCCACUGGGCCCAGCUGUGCCAUCCUGAACCUCUUUUUGACAAAUGUACACAUUUUUCUGUCUCCAAAGCAAUGUACUCUGCCAAGUGACCCUCUAGUCCUCUUCCAGUGGUUGCUGAGUCAGCCACCUGUGAUUCUACCAUGUUCCUAUUGUCCUGUGUAUUUCUGGUUGCUCUUGUGUUAUUGUGACUGUUGGAGUUUUUCUUCCCCGAUUUUACCAAUUUGUAAUGUGCCCUGUUUUUCUUUUGUUUUAUGGAACCUUAAAAGUCACCACUGUGGGUGAUUGAAGACAGGUGAAGUGUAAGGGAGAGGGGGCCCAUCCAGCUGCAGCAGCAUCUAUGGUCAUGCCUGUCUGCUCUUCCCCUCCACCAGGCACGCCACUCUGGUGAGCCUUCAGUAUUUUGGGUUGGCAGACAAAUGGCACCAUUCUGGAAAUGGCCUGAGAAAGGCCUUUUAUCAUUCCCAGACCAGAUUCUAGACCAAAGACGCAGUGGGCCAAGUCCCCUGGCCCCGCCUGGAUAAAGGCCAGCCGCCUCCAGAGUCCACUCCUCAAAAGUGUCCCUGCACUGGUCUUCAAUGCCUGCCACUCUCACCCAGCCCCUGGCCCAAUGGCCCUUGUUGUGAUGCUUGUGGUUCUAUGUCUGCAUGUAAGUAACAUUUUGAAGUAGAGCUCGUGACUCUGGUCCUCCUGCCUCUUGGAGAGAGGGCUAAGCUGUCAACCAACUAACCUGUCCCCUUGCCUGGAACAGGUCAGACUGUAUCCUGCCUGUUAGAUAUGGGCAGGAAGCAAGGUACAAUAUCAGAUUUAGAUGAGGACCAGGCUGGGCCCAGGAGGAUUCUCCUGGGAGAUGUUAUUUGGUCCCAAGAGGUAUGUUAGUCUCCAAGUGGAGGAUCCCUGCUGGGCACUGCAAACAGUCCCAGAGGUCCCCCAAUCCAAGGCACUUUUGUAAACAGGAGAACUGAGGCCUAGAGUAGGAGAGACUUGCAUUGGGAGCUGAGUAGACUGGAUAAUUGAGUCAUUUGUUGCUCUGGGCUCCCCAAGGUAUGGACAGAAGGAAAGCAGGACUGGGGUAUUGUCAAGUAAACUGUCAGGCCUUCCCUGACAACCAGAGGCCAGACUGAUAUGGGCCCCCUGCCCAUGCUCAUGGAGCAAAGAGCAGCAUCCACUUCUGCCCAUCCUCAGUGUCUGGCUCACCCCAGCCCCAUGCUAUCCUUCCUUCCUCCCUAAAGCCCUUAGGAGCUAGGAAUUGAUUCCCAUCCCACACCCCAACUGGCACCACAGGAAACUGAGGGCCAAAGACAUUUAGGCAGGCUGUAAUGGCAGGCCUUUGGUCUCCAUGUAGCCUGAGGAGAUUUCUUUCCCUCUUGGGAAGAUGGUGGGGAAGGUUCCCUCUAUGCUUCUGGCCCCAGACCUUAUCUUCCUAACACCCUGGAAAACAUGCAGACCAUGGCAAAGCAUGAGAAGAAAGCAGCAUGUUUCCCCUCUGCACAGGAAGGGGCUUUCUGUAUUGUAGGGUGCCACUACCAUGGCUGACAGCUUUCUAGCCUGCUUCUUUGGGCAGACGGGGCAAUGCUCUAGGCAAUCAGUCUAAAUAGGCACGAGUCCUGUUCCUCUCUCCAAGACGCAGACACAAGCCAGGAAGGCACCUUAGAGAAGGCCCCUCACAGUCCCACUCAAUCCCGAGACCCCUGUCCCUAUGGACAUUGUAAAUACCUCUGUGUGCACACCCCUUCUUCAUCAAGUCUAAAACCACAUACAAAAACCCCAGAUACCCCAAGAUGGAGGGGGACAGUGCUUCCACCCCCCGUCCUCCAUGCUGACCUCCCAGUAGUUGGGUCUUCACAGGAAGCUGGUUUUCCAUGUUCUUUGGGAGGGUUGUGGUGUCAUUACAGGCAUGUUCUGGCAUGUUCCCUGAAGGGCAGAGCAUCUUGUUACAUAUUUGGCUUCAAAAUGAGAUGGUAGCUCCAUUUUUUUUUUAAACCCAAUUAAUCUUUCCAAUCCCUAACAACUGUGACUCUGUAUUUAGCACAAGAGAAAGCUGAGAACGUACAUUUUGCCUCCUUCAGAAAUAUGUCUGGCUCAUCAGGACAUUUUUUAAAACUUCAAAAUAUUUUUAAGAUAUUUUAAACUUUUGUAAAAAAUAAAAAAUAAAAAAACAAACGUGCGCACGCAUGCGCGCGCGCGCGCACACACACACACACACACACAGAAAAACCUGAAACCAACCAACAAGGGGAGGAGCGUUCUUGUUUGAAGGAUCCUUGGUGUGUGACCUGUCUUGCAGUGUAUAAGCUCUGUGUAUUGGUGUUUAAUGAUGACGUCCCUGCAUUUUGCAGGGUUCCGUUUUUUCCUCUUUUGCUUUUUAGAUGAAUAUGUAUAUUGAUAUUUUAAAUCCAUCUUUGCUUUUUUUAGAGGAGUUUAUAAUCACCUUGUAACACAACAAUAAACAUUUCCUUUUUAAAAUCCAA